ACUACUGAACAAAUUUUCGAGCACUGCUCAGACGUGAUCGCCCAGAAACUCUUCACUUUCUUUCUACUGCCAGGGUGCCCAGCAUUCCCUUCGUGUGCUGCUUGAAAAGUGCGCUAUACGCCACCUGAUUGGUGGUGCGACACAUACUUUUCCAUGGCGUCUGGCUCGGGCAGCUAUCAUGGUUUUCCAGCUGCUGAUGAGAACGAUUUCAGAAAUGCUGCAGCCGACGGCCGCCCCGGUUAUCGCGCCCGCCAGCGCCGCACGGUGGACCACAUCAGCACCAUCUAUCGGCUGAUCCAGGCGCGCAUGUACCAGCGCGAGGUUUGGGACGCCCCCGCAGUGCAGCCUGUCCCCGCUGCCGCCGCUGACAUGCUUCCCCCCGCAGGCUACCCGUGCACCCCCGCCAGCAGCCAGGCCACGCGCUGGGUCAGCCAGACCACCAACAAAGUGCGCGCCUCCGUCAACAAGGUCGUGUGGACGCCCAGUGGGCGGCGGCUCAUCACGGGGUCCCAGGCGGGCGAGCUGACGUUGUGGAGCGGCCAGACCUUCACCUUCGAGCACCUGAUCCAGGCUCAUCAAACGGCUGUGCGGUCGAUGGCGUGGAGCCACAACGAGAACUACCUCAUCAGCGGAGAGGACAGCGGGACCAUCAUAUACUCGGAGACGACCAUGAAGAUCCUCAAGAGUCUCCCCGCCCACAAAGAGCCGGUGCGAGCCCUUAGCUGGGCGCCGUCCGACCUCAAGUUUUGCUCCGGCUCCGACGACAGCAGCGUCAAGGUGUGGGACUUUGCGCGUGGAGUCACGGACCACGUCAUGACAGGCCACGGGUGGGACGUGAAGACGGCGGAGUGGCACCCGUCAAAGGGGCUCAUCGCCACAGGCGGCAAGGACGGCCUGGUCAAGCUGUGGGGCGCCAAGGAGGGCCAGCAGCUCAGCACGCUGCACGGCGCGAAGAACACGGUGCUGGCGGUGCGGUGGCAUGCGGGCGGGCACCUGCUGCUGGCGGGCAGCCGCGACCAGCUGAUCCGGCUAUACGACGUGCGCACGCUGCGCGAGGUGGCCGUCUUCCGCGGCCACGCCAAGGAGGUCACCGCGCUCGCGUGGCACCCCGUCCACCAAGACCUCUUCGCCAGCGCCGCGCACGACGGCAACAUCCGCAUCUGGUACACCAGCGCGAGCGAGGCCGCGAGCGAGGUGGUGGGCGCGCACGAGGCUGCGGUGUGGGACCUGGCGUGGCACCCGAUGGGCCACCUGCUGUGCAGCGGCAGCAGCGACCACACCAUCAAGGUCUGGGGGCGCAACCGGCCCGGCGACGCACUCACCGACAAGUACAACGCCACAGCGCGUUCCCUCGUCCCCGGCACGGGCGCUGCCCCCCCUGCCGCGGCUGCUCCGAGCGCCGUCCCUGGCCUGACCCCGGACGGCCUGCCCCUGCCCGGCACAGCGCACCUGCCUCCCCCGCCCCCACUGCCACUCGGAGCACCGCCACCGCAGCGAGCGGCAUCUCCAUUCUCGGGGUGAUCACCGCUGCGGUCCCUAAGGCUGUGAUUACGGAACUAGCUCCCGGAAGGCCACUGCUGCGUCCUUCUUGGACCGACCUGCCGUGGGCUGCGCACAUCUAGCGGGGUGAUUAUGCUGGGGAGAAUGGACACCCAUCGUGAGGGAUUUGCUGCGUUUAACGACUACGGUGUCUUGCCACGGCCGGAUGGACACAGCGGAAAGUGUCAAUUCAGCGGUCGGUGCCUUGUACGUACCUCUAUGAGCCCCGAACGCCAAGCGUACCUGAAAGAAGACACAACAACAAGCUGAGAGGCAUCACCGGACGCUUUGGCUCCAACCCGCACGGUGGCAAGGGCCCAAGCGGUGGGACGAACACUUCCGACAACUGCUCGUACUCUAUGCAUACUUCGUAUCCAGCUAUGCACGAACAGCGGUUGAAGCAGUGAUUGUCGUAGUGCUUUGAUAGGAGCUGGAAGACUAAAAGACCGUGUCUUGGAGAUUGAGUCUCCAAGGAUCGGUCAACAAUACUUGUCUAAGCCGCGCAAAGGGGAGUGAACAAGAAUUUCGUGCAAAGUAUUUGUAGACAUGAGGAUACUUAACCGCUUUUGAGGGUUGGCCGGCUUAAGAACCUAGGAGGCCCAGCUAAAGCGAUUUACACAGGGGGAACGGCUAUGUGAGACGAUUGUCAUGGCCAGCACGUCAAGGAUGUAUAGGUGAAAUGCACAGAAAGCAGUCGCAUAAUCGAAGCUAGUCCACGAACCAGCAGGCUUCGGAAUGAAUGAUAUGUAUGUCACAGAUUUAGUUCUUAACCCCGCGAGUUGCGAAA